AUGGCAGGAGGUAGGAACGAUCAUGCAAUCGCUGAUGCUUUACAAGCGAUGGCUCAGGCUCUUGGUAAUUUGAACCAACGACCAGAGAUAUUCCAAGCUAUGGGAUGUCCUUUGAUACAGAAGGUGACUUUGGCUGCCUUCAUGCUUUCUGGAGUGAUUGCCUUCAUGCUUUCUGGAGAGGUUGGCAUCUGGUGGCAAGGUGCUUUGCAAAGAAUGAUGGCUGCAGGUACCCAAGUGUACUGGGAGAAUUUCAAACAGCUAUUCUUGGAGAAAUACUUUCCGCGAGAUGUGAGACAUAAGAAACAGGUGGAAUUCCUUGAGUUGAAGCAAGGAAAAAAUUUUGUGGCUGAGUAUGUGACUAAGUUUGAAGACUUGGUCAGAUUUUCUCCUAUGUAUGAUGGUGUGGGCAAUGAGGAGGACAAAUGUGUGAAGUUUGUGAGUGAUCUUUUCCCUGAGAUUAAACAAGUUUUCAAUUACCAAAGGAUUACUCAAUAUCAUGAUCUGGUGAACAAGUUUCGAGUCUAUGAUGAGGACAACCGUGUUAGAAUAACUCAUUAUAAGAGUGGAGGACCCAUGAGGAAUCAUAAUAAGUUUGGGUCAUCUAGUAAGGGUAAGCUUUACACCAAGUCUAUUGGAGAUUCGAGUUCUAAAGUGAAUAACCAAGGUUCUUUACAACAAAGGAGUCAAGCUCCAAUGACUAGCCAAACUUCUAAAGGGGGAAGUGUGGGUUCUGUUCCACACAACAAUUACUUCAAAUGUGGAGAACCAGGUCGUAGGGCAUAUGAGUGUCAGGUAUCAAAAGUAAUAACAUGUUUUAAUUGUCAAGAGAAAGGACAUAAAGCUCGUGAAUGCCCUAAGAACAAGAAAGGAACAACAGAAGUUGGAGGGAGCACUAGCAAACCUAGGGCUAUCGGAAGGGUGUUUGCCUUGAGUGGUGCUGAAGCUACUCAAUCCAAAGACUUAAUCCAGGAGGAGGUGAGUUUCUUAGGACAUGUGAUUUCAAGUGGGGGUAUAGCAGUAGAUCCAUCUAAACUUGAGGCGGUGCUUAAAUGGGAGACACCUAAGUCAGUUAGUGAGAUUAGGAGCUUCCUUGGAUUGGCUGGAUACUAUAGAAGAUUAAUAGAGGAAUUCUCUAAGUUAUCAUUACCCUUGACAAGUUUAACUAGGAAAGGAGUUGUGUUUGUAUGGGAUAGUAAAUGUGAGAAUAGUUUCCGAGCCCUUAAGGAGAAGUUGACUAGUGCACCUGUUUUAGUGUUGCUUGACCUUAGUAAGACUUUUGUGGUUUAUUGUGACGCUUCUAAGAUAGGUUUGGGUGGAGUGUUAAUGCAAGAAGGAAAUGUCGUAUCUUAUGCAUCUAGGAAAUUGAAAAUACAUGAGAAGAAUUACUCCACCCAUGAUGAUAGAAAGAGUAGGAGAAGGGAUGAACAAGUUCCUCCUAAGCUCCUCCUAGGCACGGAUCCUCUUUGA